AUGGGAUCCAACAGCGCAAAGCCGGCCAAGGUCGAAAGUCGCUCUUUGAAUAGUCGUACUGGAGGCCAUGGUCACGUUCCUAUCCAGGUCAACGCGUCUUUGGGUGAAGACAAGCACACGGCCAUUGACAAUACUGCGAACCGUUCGGCCAUGCAUUCCUCGGCCGGGCGCGUGCCAAUGAAAAAGUUCGAACCAAGAGACGCUGUCUCGUCCACGACCAGAACCAACGACCUUGCUUCAUUCCUUCGUAGCUCCGAGCCGCCGCAACUGACGCCCGCGCCGCGCUCCAGCCCACCAGCUGAACCGCAACAGAGCAGCAGUAGCGGAUUCUCCAAGAUGUUUGGCCGCCGGAAGAAGUCGAGCUUGGCUUAG